AUGCUACGAGCUGCAGUGAAAACAACGGUUGAACGCUAUGGACAAAGUAUUCAGCAGAGUGUUCGUACACAAUCGACGCAAACUGCUACUCCGAAACGCAACAGUUUCGCGAAAAAGUUGGCCAUCACAGGUGCCGUAGCUGGCGUUACAGCUGGUGGCACCAUCGCAUAUGCCUAUGUCGAUCCAUCAUUUCGAUCACAGCUGGAAAUAUCGAUACCAUAUUCGAAAGAAUUGUUUGCCUAUACGAUUGGUGAACGUUCAUUAGGGCAAACGAAGCAGCAUGUGAAUGACCUGAAGGAACGCGUUAUAAAAGCCAUCCCACAACCAAAAAAGAAAGCCGAAGAAACGGAAAAACCGUUACUCACAAUCGAACCAUUACCCGAAACGUACAAACCGUCCACGUUGAAUGCAGUCGUUGAUCCUGUCGAUGUAACUGCGUUGCCUGAAGAGAUUCGACCACCUGAACAUGUCAGCAGUGAUAUGCGAGCAGUAAAAAAUCAAGAAUUGGAGGAUUCUCUGAAGGCCGCAUUGGUGUCUGCAACAGCCAAAGUACAAACAGCAACUGAUGCGAAACUCGUCACGAUAUCAGCAAUAAAUGAGCACUCUAACUUGGUUAAGAAAAACGUCGAUGAUGCGCAGAACGCAGAUUGGGAUAAAGUAGCACGAGCCUUGGAAGGAGUUGAAAAGUUGAGUCAUGACGACGCACUCGAUGAAAUCGAUGCAAGGAACUAUCUGGACAGCGUUCGCAAGUUGAUAGGUGACGGUCGUGCAAAUGCAACAACACAAACGAAUCCAUUGUUAACUAACGCAACUGAAACAGUGAAUAAGUUGGGUCAUCAGUUGGACGAAAUGAAUACGUUGAUUGAUAAGUCACGUUCGGAGAGUCGUGUUAUCAACCAAUACAAGGAUCUAAUCGAGAAAAGUCGACAACAGUUCGCCCAAGAACUUAAAUCGAUUUUGCCGAACGUUGAUAUUCAUGCGAGAGAUUCGAAACUAACGGAAGACGAACUUAAUGCAUUGAUUGCACACGCACAUCUGAAAGUAGAUCAGUUAAAGAGGCAACUCACUGAGCAACAGAUAAGAGAAGAACAAAAUAUUGCCCGAGCUAUCGAACAACAGCGAUUAUCUGAUGAGCAGUUCACUGAACGUCGUGUACAGUUGGAAAGACAACAACUGCAACAACAAUCUGAUGUUGACAUUGAGAGAAAGCUGAUCGACAGUCGACGUCAUUGGGAAUUGGAACUUGAAGAGCGUCUGCAGCGAGCUGCGAGUGCUCAUUCGGAACAUCUUGAACAAGUGGUUCGUACACAACGACAACUCUACGAUAUUGAGCAGAGUCAAAAGGUGGAAGAGGCGAUUGAUAAUGAGCGUGCAUUACACAGUCGACAAAUUGGUAUUGCGCAAGCUAAACUUGACGGCCUUGAAGCAGCUCUCAAUUCACGCGUUGCAGCUCAGGACGUGGAGAAUCGGCGAUCGAAACAAUUCUGGAUAGCUUGUCAAAAUUUGGUUGACUCUGUGAUUCAUGGCCGGAGGGGUGGUAUUGAUAUUGAAGAAAGAAGACAGCCUUUGGCGAGUGAGUUACAAGUGAUAAGAGAGGCAAGCAACCGUGAUGAAUUCGUGAAGUGUCUUCUGGAGGCUCUACCGGAUGAAACGAUUUACAAUGGUGUAUAUACCGAACAAGAUUUGAAAACACGAUUCCAGCAUCUAUAUAGGGUUGCUCGUCGUGUGGCAAAGGUGAAGGAAGGUGAUGGUGUGAUGGGUUAUGUAACAUCAAAUCUCCGUAGCGCUGUCACUCUUGACUUGCCCCGUAGAUUUUCUCUUGAUGACAAAAUCGAUGUGAACUCGUUGGACAAUUAUGAGGUGUUAGCGAGAGCGAAGUGGCUUGUUGAUAAUGAUCAUUUGGAGAAUGCAGUGAGAAUGGUUCAACUGUUGAAAGGCGAACCGCACAGGCUUGCACGUGAUUGGAUUAUUGAUACACGUAAUCAUUUGCAAGCCCGUCUGGUUGCAUCGCUACUUGUCACACAUGCUGCUGCGGUCAAUAUACGAUCCGUUUACUGA